ACUCGCUCAAAAAUUUAGAGAAAGGAAGAAGAAGACAGAUCAAUGGCUCCGACGAUCAAAAGAAUCAGAAGUUUCCGUACUCACCAAAAACACUUUGUCGAUUUUUUCGGAGACGACUUGAUCGUCACCGUUACGCCGACUGCUUCCGUUAUCCGCCGCUGGAUUCGUAGCGUCCGCUCCUACAACCGUAAUCACUCGGUACAUCCUCUCGUCGUUGGAAUCGGUGUUCAGUGGAGACCGGAUAGUUCCGAUCCAGAUCCACCACCAAAAACUCUCCAGUUGUGCGUCGGUAGUCGCUGUCUCAUCAUCCAACUAGGUUACAAUUACGGUCUCCCAAAAGUCCUCCGCACUUUCCUUGCCGAUCCCAAAACGACUUUCGUCGGCGUUUGGAACGGCCAAGACCAGAAAAAACUCGAGAAAUGUAGGCAUCGAGUGGAGAUCGGGAAGCUUCUGGACAUAAGGAUGUUCGUGAGAGAUUCGAGAGGGGCUAGGAUGUGUUUUUGUUCGUUUGAACAGAUCGUGAAGGAGCGUUUGGGUCGCGUAGGAGUGAGGUUAGAUCCGGCGAUUUGUAUGAGCGAUUGGGGCGUUUAUAACCUUAACCAUUAUCAGGUACUUCAGGCGUCGAUUGAGUCGUAUGUUUGCUUUAAGCUCGCUGUUGAGGAACGUCUCUGGAACUUAAAAGUUGCUGCUAAUCUUGUGAUUUGAAUUUGUUGUUGUUCUUCUCUCUUUAUCAAUCAACGUCUUCUUCUAAUUCAUGAAAGUUUUCAUGUUAUCGUAUUUUGUGACUAUGAAUGUUGACUGGAAAAUUAGUACAUGUAGACUACGUUUGUAAUAAAGGCAUUGAUAUUAAAAGACUAUCUAACGUUU